AUGGUUUGCUUUCCCACUACCUACCCAAUCCAACCGACCGAUCCUAUGUUCCAUUUUCAGAAGCUCUCACUCCGUUCUAACUAUUUGGAAUCGUAUGUCGAAUAUUCGAAGGAAGCGUGUGAUGUACUAGUGUACGGAAUGAAAGACAGAAAUCGUGCGUUCAACAUGGACAUUGUGGCUGUAAGACUAAAGGACAGAAAAGACUGGAAGGUAUACUGGUCGGCUACGAGUCACAGAUCAGAUUGCAACCGACCGGCGAAGUAUAUUCCCUUAUCUUUAGAGCAUAUGAAAAAUAUUCAUUCAUCGGUUCCAUUUCAGGUUGUGUUUAUUUUUGAGAAGGUUCACAGCAGGAUAUGCUCAGGAAUUUUAAAGCAUUACAAUGAAACGUAUGCACUUUUCUCUCCAAUUGAUUCCCGAAUUCCGAGAAUGCUCAUUGACCGAACUACUGAUGCGUUCAGUGAAAUUGUUCGCACCCCUGAGAUGUAUCAUUCAUAUCUCUUUGCAGUUAUGGUCAAGAAAUGGACAGAGUAUCAUAAGUUACCUUUAGUUGAAUUAAAAAAUAGACGGGAUUUCCGAAAUGAACUGGUGUUCACAAUUGACCCCAGUACUGCAAAGGAUCUUGAUGAUGCACUCCAUGUCAAAGUUCUCGAUGAUAAAUUAAUUCAGGUUGGAGUACACAUCGCGGAUGUAUCUUACUUUGUUAAAGCUGAAAGUGCACUUGACGCGGAGGCAUGCACACGCGGAAACAGUGUUUACUUUGUGAACAAGGUAAUUCCGAUGCUACCGCCGCUGCUGUGCGAGCAACUGUGCAGCUUAAACGCCGGCUCUGAACGCUUGACUUUCAGCGUCGUUUUUGCGAUGAACGCUGAAACAGCUGAAAUUGUAGACACGUGGUUCGGUAGAACCAUUAUUAAAUCCCAUGCUCAGUUAUCCUACGAAAUUGCUCAGCAAUUCAUCGAUGAACCGGAACGAGAGUGGACUGCUGACGACGUACCACUUGUUGAUGGGUCUUGGACAGUACGAGACAUUGCUGUCGCAGUAAACACGUUGAACAAAUUGGCUAUCAUGUUGAGAAAAAAGCGCAUCGCGAAUGGCGCCUUGAUGCUCGAUGAACGGAAGUUAAACUUCGUUGUUCAGGAAAAGUUAGGAGAGCCCGUGGCGUGCAACAUCGGCACAUCGAAUGACAGCAAUCGCUUAAUCGAGGAAUUCAUGCUUUUAGCGAAUAUUGCUGUCGCAGAACACCUUUAUCGGGCGUUUCCAAAGACCAGCGUUCUUCGUCGCCAUCCAGUACCAAAAGUGCGCAACUACUUAGAUAUGGUAAGCAGAACAAUUAUUUGUCUGUUAAAAGUAUCGUUGUUAAGAAAACAGGCACUAUAUCGCUUCAUUUCACACUCUCUGUUAUGCCACAUCGACAGUGCCGUGUACUUCUGCUCCGGCUGUGAGAGCGAUUUCUACCACUUCGCCCUGAACGUACCGUUCUACACGCAUUUUACAUCACCGAUUCGCCGCUACCCGGACAUCAUGGUUCAUCGUCUGUUGGCCGAUUCUCUCGGAUACCAUUCGACCUACCACCCUACGCCAAUAGUCAUACAGAACAUCUGCUCGCACUGCAACACAACGAAUCUGAACGCCAGAGUCGCCUAUGAUCGUAGCGUCGAAUUGUUCUUUUGGAUUUUCGUCAAGGUAAAUGCAUCGCUGUUGUCUGAUGAUCCGUGCAUGAUAUUUUCCGCCGACAAAGCCCUAGCGCUGGAAUUCACGAGCCAAGACGGUGCAUUCUCUCUAUCGCCAAAUUUUCCAGCACAUCAGCAAUCGUUUGCUAAGCAUUAG